AUGGAUGAUGUUGUCUACACUAGAAAUGAUGUUGCAAUGAUUGAAGAGUUCAAAGAAGAAAUGAUGAAGAGGUAUGAAAUGACUGACCUAGGCCUCUUGCAUCAUUGUAUUGGCAUUGGGGUAAUUCAAGAGGCAAACAGCAUCUUCAUUUAUCAAAGGAAGUAUGUUGAAACCUUACUUGAAAGGUAUGGUUUGAAAGGUUGCAAACCAGUCUCUACACCUCUAAUUGCAAAUGAGAAGCUUAAGAAGGAUGAUGGAGGUGAACCUGCAGAUGCUAGUCACUACAAAAGCAUUGUUGGUAGUCUAUUGUACCUAACUGCAAUAAGGCCAGAUCUAAUGUUCUCAGCAAGCCUACUUUCUAAGUUUAUGCAGAAUCCUAGUAAGAUACAUAUGGGGACAACAAAAAGAGUUCUAAGAUAUGUGCAAGGAACGCUUUAUUAUGGCAUCAAGUAUGAAAUGGGGAAGUCAACUAUCCUAAUUGGAUUUUGUGACAGUGACUGGGGUGGUAGUGAAGAUGAUAGCAGAAGCACAUCGGGCUAUGCUUUCACCUUUGGAUCAGGGGAUUUUUCAUGGGCCUCUGUGAAGCAACAAAGUGUUGCACUAUCCACAGCCAAGGCAGAGUACAUGAGUGCAUCAAAAGCAACGGCUCAAGCUAUUUGGCUAAGGAACCCAACAACAACAAUUUGGAAAAGUACUGAGGGUAGGGAUGCACUGGCCCCAUAUUUACCUUCAUUCUCAUUAAGGGGUCCAAAUCCAAACACUCCUAACAUUCUCAAGCCAAAUAUCGCUUCUCCUGGAGUUUCCAUUCUAGCAGCAUGGCCUCCAAUUCCCCCAGUUUCAGGUGUUGAAGAUGAUGACAGAGUAGCUUCAUACAAUAUAAUCUUGGGAACAUCAAUGGCAUGCCCACAUGCUGCGGGCAUGGCUGCAUAUGUCAAAUCAUUUCACCCCAAUUGGUCACCUGCUGCUAUCCUGUCAGCUUUUUCGACUAUUGCCGAAUUCGCAUAUGGUGCUGGCCUAAUAAAUCCUAGUAGGGCUCCGUAUCCUGGUUUGGUAUAUGAUGCUACUGAAAUCGAUUACAUAAAUUUUUUGUGUGCACAUGGCUAUAGUACCAAAUUAUUGAAAGCUCUUACCGGGGAUAGUUGCUCAUUAUCACAAUCUAGUCAUGGAACACUCAGUGGUCAUCUAAACUAUCCUUCUGUUGCACUUUCCACCUCGAACCCUAAAUCCGUGAAUGGCAUUUUCAAUAGGACCGUCACAAAUGUUGGAUCACCAAAGUCCACAUAUAAAGCUAAAGUGAAUGCACCACCAGGACUUGAAAUCAAAGUUAAUCCAAGCGUUCUAAAGUUCACAUCUCUCUGGCAGGAGCUAUCAUUUCAAGUCAUGAUGAAAGGGUUGAUUGAAAAAACCAUAGUCUCUGGUUCUCUGGGCACUUGA